AAACCCAGAGUUGCAGGCUAUAAGCGCCACAGAGUCCAGGAACUGUUGAUUGCUGUAGAACGUUAUUCGCCCAUUGACUGGAUCUUCAAGAACCUCGCAUCUGAUCUCUGCAGUAGUACUGCUGCUGAGGAACUGGACCACUCCAUUGGCUGGGUUACUCAGAGUCCCACAGUUUAUAACUGAAGCACACAAAUACAAGCAGUG